AUGCUUGCCCGUCGAGCUCUCCAGGGCCUCGCCCGCCCACUCACCCGUCUCUCUUCUACGUCCACCCCUGUGCCUACGCCGGAGGUACCCGCCGCCGCGGCUGCAGUCCCACAGGCACCCAACCUGGCUACCACCUGGUCGACCAGCCAGCGCCCUCGUCCUCAACCGCACUCCGGCCCUCGCUUCGAGCAGACCAUUAUGGAGCUCCAACCAAACCCGCUCAGUGCAAUGGAGAUGAUCAGUCGGGAACCCAUCCGUGUUGUGAACGGUCGCAAGGCAGUUUGCGAUGGUGGAGGAGGUCCCCUUGGCCACCCCAAGAUCUUCAUCAACUUGGACAAGCCGGGCCCUCGGGCGUGCGGCUACUGCGGUCUGCGGUACGAGCAGGCACCUCAUCAUCACGACCACUAG